UCGAUGCAGUUUGACUGCGAUCGACUGCCACCCGCAGUCCGCUGCUGGCUUGGCGCGCCUGCGUACCUCCGCCUGCGUCUUCACUUUGCAGCUCGCCUUCCGCUCUUGAUCCAGAUGAACGGAAAGAUGCUCGCGUCGACUGCUUAGUUCAUCUCUAUUACGCACCUCCCUUUCGUUUCUGACAUUCUAAAUUGCUUCUCUACUGAAGCAUCAAUGGAUGCUCAGCGUCCAUCGUGUUCGCCUUCCGAUUGGAAGACCUCUUGCAUCCUCUAUCCUACAAACACAAUUUCGCACCAGAGCUGCUCAAUAUCAACACCAAAUUCAACGUUAUGGGAGUCACGCUGAAGGCACAGGGGCUGCUCCUCCAAGGCCAGCUGCGCCAGAUUUCCUAGCUCACCAACAUGCGCUUUUUCCUACAGAGUUCUCGGAGUUUUCCGAAUACAUCAGACAAGAUGGCGGGAGCUAUCUCAGCGGUAGCCAAAAUCUCGAAGAGGAGGCAGGCCACAAUACUGAUCAGAUUGAGUUGGAUCUCAAUCGACAGCCCAAACAAUCAACGAAUCGUCCCCUCCACAGGUCACCCUUCCGCAGAAGAUUAGAUCAGAUUCUCUCGUUAUUCCUUCCCUCUCAUCCUAGACGGAACAGGGUUGACCUGUCCUAUACCAAUGCCCUCCACUGGCAGAUGAACAACCGAAAGUUGGACGAACAAUCUAAUACGACAUUCAGAAGCUCAACUUCUCUACGCAAACUCCUCCUCGAUUACCUUCAGAAUGUCGCACCACUUCUCCACGGUGCUCCGGGUGACGAGAAACUUUUGUCUGCGCUAGAAGCUACCUUUCCUCAUGAAUCUCUGCGAAUUCUUGAGGAUCUCGGCUACGACGUCACUGAUAUUGCAAGUUGGGCGUGGAUUUUUUCCUCUGACAAUGUUGACCUCGCCUUUGCAAGGUACAUCGCACUUGCGCAAAAAGUACGCGAAUCUGGACGAGGUCGGCUACCGAAGUUCGUGUUUCUACAACUCCUUCGCGCCGAAAAUCUCAGUCCCUUCGCCCUGAAGGGAUUUAUCAGAAGUAUUUUGGUCGACUUACAGAUCUGCUCGGAGGCCAAGGAGUAUUUCGGUUGGGCUUGGGUUACAAGAGUGUGCUUGGUCGUUCGAUUAAUGCGACAUGCUCGUUCGGUGGCACCUGAAUGCUUUGAAGACAUCAGCAUCAUUGUCAAACAUCUCUUCUCGGACUACUACAAUGUCCAUCCUCGUUCACUCGAAGGUCCGGAGUUACUGCGCCUCUCUCAUAUCUACAACCGCUUCCUGUCAUUGAUAUCUCUGGCCCCACACAAAACACCUUACAAUGCAUAUCUGUCACAGCAAAAUGCGCAACUAGCUCUCGUUCGCCUAAUGUUUGCGUUUACACCCCAACUGUUGCUAACACGCGAAGGCUACCGUGCUUUGAUUGCAGUCCAACUACUGCAUCCCAAGACGGGCCCGGAACGCGCAUGGGCCGAAGCCAAGUCUCUGUCUUGGCCUCCGUGGCGUCAUGUCAAGUCAGGAAUUGAACAGGAUCUCGAGUAUCCUGGGAAGGAGAGCCGUGUUAUCAAACUAUUACAGCGAAUGAAAGCGGCAGGAUAUUCUCAUGGUGAUUGGGAAAGAAGUGCUGCUGUGUUAGCAGGGUGGGAUACAGACAAAAGCCCUACGAUACAAACUCGCGCCAUCUUGAUGCGACAGCGACGUCCAUGGCUUCUGUUGCGGAGCCUUAAUCGCCAAGAAGAAAACGAAUCUGGCGACCCCCCAGAACUGUGGGCCGCGCGCAUUCGAGCCACAAGAACCAAGCGAGAGGCAUGGGCGUCCUUUUGUUCCUACGAGAAAUACAACCCACCUUCCCAAGCACAUUAUCAACCCUAUUUCGCCAUGUUGGAUAAACUCCUCGGCUCAACUGUACAGCCAGAAUCUACGCUGGCCUGGAAGUACCUCGCUGGUGACAUAAAAGAACCUUUCGAAGUCUCAGCAAAUCCCCGGGAGAUCAUUUACGUCGAGACAGAGGUUCCGUCGGUGGAUGAGUUCUAUGAGCACAUGCUGCGAGCCGGAGUCAAACCGGGUGGUCAUCUCCUUACCAGUCUGCUGAACCACGCUGUCAAGCUCGAGUCUGGAUUUGGUUACAUCCAAGCCAGUCGAUGGAACGAAGUCACGAAAGAUGUCCUCCGCCACGCUGAAAAGUACCCGAGUUCUGUUAUUCGGGACAGUUUGAACAAAAUUCCCAAGCCCACUUUGGCUGCCUUCAUCUCGCUCAUAUGUAAGAGCGGACCCGAAGAUCCGUUGAAAUUUCGGGACAUCGGACGGAUGGACUUUACUACAGGCCAGUUGAUAAAGAGAAAUCAUCAAGAUGUGCCUGCUUUGACAUACGCGUCGCAAUUGCUGCUCGCGGCAGGCAUCACAGACAUCCGCGUCUGGAAUACCUUUAUAGAAGGGGCAUCGGUGAGCGUUGGAAAAUCGCCAGCCAACUAUAAAGGUGCUGCAUCUAGGGCAGCAGUCUGGCGCCGCUUGAGAAGGAUUCUUUCGCCCGGGGAGAUGUACCUUGACCUCCAUCCUGACCUCGACACCUUCCGCCAUCUGACGAAGAUCCUUCAAAUAAUGUUCAGGGAUGUGAACAUGCGGAUCCCAUCAGAAAAUCUUGGCUCACUUGCAAAGACCACGUUCGCUCGGGCGAUCUAUGGUCGCAUGACCAAGGCAUUUCUCCCUGGACUUGAACGUUCGCUCCUUGUCGUGCCCAAUAUUAACGAUAUCAAACUCAUGAUUAGUGUCCUCAUAUCUGUCCAUGACACCUAUGGGUUGCUUGCGCUUAUGAAAUGGGUCAAUGAGCAUGCCAUGACGCUGGAGCCACCGAGCCUUCAGUCUGAACACGAGCCUCAAAACACGGUGCACGAGAUAGCACAAGACAAGCCUUUCAAUCCGUCCCCGCUGCGCGACAUGGUGUGCAUAAUGAGGCUUUUCCUCGAGGGCAGCCGGUUGCGGUCUACCAGUUCUUCCAACAGAGAAGGAGAUGGUGUUAGGUUCGAAAGUCCCUUAUCUAGAGAUCCCCUCAUUGUCCAGGAGGCACGGGAACACUGUCAAGCGCUGGAGUGGCCGUCAGACGACGAAGUCGGGCUCUUCCUCGCUCGCGAAGUCAAGUGGGUGGAAGGAGUCAGACGGACAGCGGAACUGACGGCGCGGCGGAAAGCUAUGGCUCAUAGGAAAAUGCGAAGCAUGCAAAGAGAUGAGGUGGCUGUUGGAUAGUCCACUGAGAUUUAGGAGGAGUCGACAUUUUGCCUCAGUGGUGAGGAGCUCUAUCCCGAGUUCAAGUCGAUCAAAGCCUCCCUAAUCGGAAUCUGUCGGUCUCCAGCUAGCUAGCUGCUCCUGAACUGCAGUUCAGUAUUGUCGUCCUGUACAUCCUGCAAGACUAUUACUUGGGGAUCUGUGUGUCUGUUUAUAAAGAAGUUUUGAAAGAGGACUAGGAUUGAAGAGAAUAUAUGAUGAAAAAGAUCAUUCAUUCUCA